AUCCCCUAAGGAGAGUACAUACGUGCAGGUCUUUCGCGUAGUGACACGGCCUUGUGAUCUAGUGAUAUUGGAACUGUAGCGUAGAAAUUGUGACCAUUUUUACGAGACUGCCAACAGUGAAGUUUCAAGAUGCUUUCUUUCGAGUCUGUGUGUGUCCUAACCAUCGGCAUAGCGGCUGUGGUGGGCGUACCUGUGGAGGACGGUCGUUGGAAUCCUUACAAAUAUGGUGAUAACGGCAAUUUCGUGCACAGGUACAUCCCGACUGACGAGGGCAAGUACAUCCACGUGCCGAACCCAUACAUCCAUAUUGACAACCCUUAUGAUGGAGGCUACGGACCGUAUACACAUGACUACGAACCCUACGUUCCUGAAGCGUCGAUCUACAGACACGUUCGAGUCCCACCAGAGCAACUGAACCCAUUCUUCAAAGAAGGAUACUACAAGAACAACGGCAUCAAGAUCCUCAGCCAAAACCACAACUACGAAGAAGACAAAUACGACUUUGAUUUCGAAACCGAGAACAAGAUCCGAGCUAAAGAGAACGCGGUCCUGAAGAACCCCAACUCUCUCGAUGAGGGCAUUGCGUCCAAGGGCUUCUACGAAUAUAUCGGUCCUGAUGGCUUCAUGUAUAGGGUAGAUUACACUGCUGAUGAGAAUGGAUUCAGGCCUAAAGUGAAACGGCUAGAAACCCCAUAUUCGGGCAAGUGGGUGGUUGAGAAAGUGAACUAGGUUAUAGGUUAUGUAAGUGGUGCUGAGCUGAGCGUGGUCGAAAGGUCAUUGUCAAGACUUAGGUUAGAUUCAUGGUCAAAGAGUCCAAUAGGAGGCAUAUCGAUAUAUCAGAUCUCACAUGCAAUGGAAUAACUAUUUCCGUGUGUUAUUGUUGGAUCAGAUUAGCAAUUCUGAAAUACCAUGACCUAGGGUUGAAUCAAAAUCUACCAAGUGAAAAAAAUAAUGAUAUAAUAUAAUAAUGAUAUGAUAUAAUAAUGAUAUGAUAUAAUAUGAUUGAUUAUAUCAUGAGAUAUCGCGAAAUAGAGCGAAGAAAUAAUCAAACUUAGUUGAAAAUUCAUUAAUUUAAAUAUGAAUCUGCUCUUUGAAUCCUAUUUUGAAACCAGCUCAGCUCAAAUUUCAAAGCACAUUUAGGACCACAUACCAAACUUAAUCGCUACUAUUCGAAUCAGUAUUUAUUAAUGUAAGCGAUCCAACUUCCUCAUACUUCAAUUGACUGCCAUUUUCAACUGCCAUCUAAUGAUUAUCAUUUUCAAUCAUCACGUUUAGUACUUCACGAUUAUGACAUUUUAGUUCAGAUUUUAAAGGUAAUUUGUCAAACAUAUUACCUGAAGUUAUCUAUGCUAUGUUCAAUAAUAUAGCGUAGAUAUACUUCUGAUUUAAACGUACUUUUGCAAAGACCUGUUAAAAUAAAAAAUUGUCUGUUAGGUGAGUUUUAAUUUAUAAUUUAGUUAUAAGAACUAGCUUUCUCGAAUUUAGGGACCUAUUUAUGAAUUGU